CUCGCAGCAAAGAUCCUUCCACUGGUCUACCGCCAGUCUCGCUUUGCAAGCUUCUCGAGGCAGCUAAAUGUGGGUCCGGAUUGGGACGUUUGUUAAUGAUGGACCUCCAGAUCUACGGCUUCAUGCGGAAAGUGAGCUUGCGACAUGUAGACAAGGACAUCAAUGAUCCGGAUGCGAGUACAUGGGCUCAUCCAUUCCUCAAACGGUCAUCUACCGCUGAGCAAGUUCUAGGUUUCAAGCGCAGAGUGCCACCGCGUCCGCCUCAAGCUGGCAAGCGACAGUCGUCAUCUGUGCAAGACCAAAAUGACCCAUAUCGGGAUGAUGCCCCGAUGCACGGCUUAUCACCAUCGCCAUCCGAUCCGGGAAAUACCUACCAGUCUCCUCCGGAGAUGUAUCAACCUCAUCAGCUUGGCAGUCUGGGCGAAGAUGAACCCGCUUCAUUCCCUUUCAACCCGUCCCUCGUUCAGAGCUAUCCCCCGCCGACAGGACUUCAGUCGGUAUACGCUCCGCCUGCUCGUCCUGCAUUCUACAUGACUUCGUCCUCCGGAGGCAGUAGCGAUUGUCUUGGCGGGUCUCUUCCAAGUCGACCGGUGUACUUUACAAGUCAUCCGGCAGACCCUUCUAUGCCUAGCACCCUUGUUGAGGGUGGCGUCCCAAUCCCUCCGGAUGCCAGUACUUCCACUGUGUUCAUGUCUAGCAACGUCAGAACCGCACCGCAAUCGGGUAUCAAUUCGUACCCUCAGACGGCACCGCCUUACGCCACGACCUUCCCGGACAUCGCCAAAGUUACUCAGGGUCAUCUACGAACCCGAUCAGUCCAGGGUGAACCUCCCUCGGCUACAAUCAUGUCGCCCAGCUCUCAACCCACUCUAGGGGCCAAUUUCGGUUACGUCGACUUUGACGAUGUGGCGCUACGGCUCGGAGGCGAUGUACCGACAUACGAUCCCCAAGAUGCAGCCACAUGGGUCAGGAGAGGAUACAACGAUAUUCACACGGGUGAGCCUGUCCCAUCGUUGGGAUUCAGAGAGGUCAAUCCCAAUAUGGUACCGUAUCAAUUCGCGCCAACUCUUCUUUCGCCCGAUUCGACAACCGCAGACGCCUUUUCGCCCCAAAGUCAGAUAGCCGAGACGUAUACUUUCCCUCCGGCUGUCGAGGCUAACAAAUCGCAUACGGCCACGCCUCGCGCUAUGCCGAUCAGGAUGGGGAGAAAUGAUACCAGGCGAGCGUCUGGUAGUCCGUACUCGCCUCGAUCUCGACCUUCGCCUGAAGUGUCCCUGAGGGACAUGGUCAGCUUCGGUCGUGGAACCGGCAUGUCACGCGGCAGGCACAGCGCCACCGGGAGAAGUACUGAGAUCAGGAGAUCGCAAGAUGAUCGGAUGGAGGGCGUCGAAGAGCUUCCCAGCGCCGAUAUCAGAUUCGCGCAAGAAGGUCUGUUUGACGGGGUUCUUCAGGGUGAUCAGGGGAUGUGAGAUGUGCAUCUUUGGUGGCUCGUGUCAGUAUCUCUGGAUCUCUAUUGUGGACAAUCACUCGGUAUC